AUGGUUGGAUUAGUGAACAAGUCGCUUUUAUUGGACUCAAGUCCAGUUGGUCCAAAUGGUGCAGCUUUUAUUGGCCCAAAUGUUGCAUAUAAACAAAAUAAAUGGACUACAAUUUUCUCAUGUCUCCAAUUCGUUAAUAUGAAUACUACAAUAUCUGAAAAAUUAAAUUCCCAGGCUAAUAACGAUAAUGGAGGAUCGGAAUUAUGUGCUGUAUGCGCAACCGGUGUUAUUAGCAAUGGAUCUGUCACACUCGCGAUAUUAUGGAUUCUGGCGAAAAAGAAUGCAAAUGGCAUCGAUACAUGUUUGGUCCUGAAUUUAUUAAUCGCGGAUUGGUUGCAGAGUAUGGGUUUUAUUAUGAGUUUGUAUUGGGUGGCAAUAAAUGAAAUUACGCCUGGUUUGUAUUGUAAUAUUCAAGGGGUGAUUAUGAGUAUUGGAGGGAUGGGAUCAGUCUCUUGGGUGACACUGAUUACAAUAUACACGUUUCUAGUAGUAGUCUACUCAAAACAACCAAAAAAAUAUUACGCAAUACUAUCAAUACCAAUAGUUUGGUUGACAGCAAUAUUUCUGUCACUCACAUACCUGCUAGUUCAAAAACCCGAAAAACCUUUUUUCGCAACCGUCGGUGGAAAUAGUACUUUUUGCUGGAUAGCUGACGAAUACGACAGAUCUUGGGUUUAUAUCAUUUACAUGUCAAUCCUGCUGUCGUCAAUAGCUCUCAUCAUUAUUUUACAUGGCAUAAUGUUUUGCUUUAUAUAUCGGUAUUCGACAAGAGCGAUGUUUCGUAGAACAGCUGUGAAGUUGAUUCUUUACUCUGUGUGUUAUGUCAUGCUUACUUUGCCGCUUUGUUCCUAUCUGCUUUCUGGUCAUUUUGGAUUACCGACCCCUUAUCCAUUGUAG